AUGGAGCCUAUGGUCAUCAGAAUAUCUACAUCAACCUCGACUCUCCAGCUACAGAGAGCACUGCUCGCCACACACGGUGCGAGCACUGGGACCCGAAGACUGCGAUCUGUAUGUGCCCGAUGCCGCCGUCCAGUCGUCGCCAGAAGUCCAAAUGCAACACAUCCCUCACCACGGUCGUUCUCGACGGCACCGGUAUCAUGCCAGGCAAGGAAACCGCGACUACUCAACAUGACCUCUCCAGCAGUGUCUAUCCAGAAGAGGGGAGCUAUGGCACAGGCCGUCUCACAGGAGAUUGAAGAGGAUUACUAUCCUGAACAACCUGAACCUUCCCAGAACCCAGGUCCUAUUGAUAAGUACAAAGAACUUGUUAGUGAAGGGAAGCUUCGUGAUGAUGACCAUCAAAGAAAGAUUGUGGUCAAGCUCCAAGACUUGCAUGACCAACUCGUCAACUAUGACCCCCCUGUCGUGGUCCAUCCGCACAUCGAGCCACCGAAUCAGAAGAAAGGACUGCUGUCGUCCUUUUUUGGUGCCAGUAAGGACCCUAAGGCCGACCAGGACAAGCAUAGUCGGGAAGGUAAUGUCGUGUUCUCAUACGACACCUCGAUUGCCCCCAAGAUAUUCGACUUCUCCGGCCUUUUCCAGCCGAAAACGAUUAUCCCAAAGACAGAAUAUGACCCUGAAAACACCCCCCUUGGUCUUUAUCUUCAUGGCGAUGUCGGAUCAGGCAAGACCAUGCUCAUGAAUAUGUUUUACCUGACACUCCCACCGAACAUUCUCCGAAAAAAACGCAUACAUUUCAAUGCUUUCAUGCAGGACGUUCACCGGCGGAUGCACAGGGAAAAAAUGAAACAUGGGUCCUCGUUCGACGCACUGCCCUUUGUUGCCGCCGACCUUGCGGAAGAAGCGAGUGUGUUGUGCUUUGAUGAAUUCCAGUGUACUGACGUUGCCGACGCUAUGAUACUGCGACGGUUACUGGAGGAAAUGAUAUCACAUGGUGUCGUUAUGGUGGCAACAUCCAAUAGGCAUCCCAAUGACCUCUACAAAAACGGCAUUCAGCGGGAGUCUUUCGUCCCCUGCAUAAAGCUUCUUCAAACCCGACUCGAGGUGCUCAAUCUUGACUCGCCGACAGAUUAUCGCAAGAUAGCCCGCCCCGCAUCUGGUGUCUAUCACUUCGGACUCGACGACGCUGCAGUCGCGCACGCUAACAAGUGGUUUUCGUACCUUGGUGACCCCAAGGACCCCCCACACCCGGACACUAAAAUAAUAUGGGGGCGUGAAAUCAAAAUCCCAUUGGCUAGCGGGAGGGCUGCGAAAUUCGAUUUUCAAGAUAUCUGUGGCAAGCCAACAAGUGCGGCAGAUUAUCUCGAGUUGACAAGGCACUACGAUGCAUUUGUCGUAGAAAAUAUACCCUCAAUGGAUAUAAAUUCAAGAGACGUAGCACGAAGGUUCAUUACAUUUAUCGAUUCUAUAUACGAAGCAAAGGUUGCCACCAAACUGCCGGCAGCGGCGCUCGUUCUUACUUCAGAAGUCCCAAUCAGCCACAUAUUCAUUGCGAACAGAAAACUAGCCCACUCCAUGGACGGCCAACAAAAGAGCGACGACGCCCAAGGCCUCAGCCCCGCGAUGCGAAUGUUGAUGGAUGAUUUAGGCAUGAAUAUGGAUACCUUAAAAGAAAGCAGUAUUUUUACCGGCGACGAAGAAAAAUUUGCAUUUGCUCGGGCGUUAAGUAGAUUGAGUGAGAUGGCUAGUUCGUUUUGGAUUGAGAAUAGAGGUGACUAG